UCUGCCUGUGACGUUAAUCCGUGACGCAGGUUCGCCCUCCAUCAGCUCGAGCCCACUGACAGAAAACACCUAGAAACGAAGCGAGCCCUCACGAUUCUUGGAAAUAUGUAGUGAGCUGGUGGACUUCCGCAUAUUUCGACAAUAAGGGGUUCGGUGGAGCUGAUACAUGGAAAGUUACCAUGGGAGGCCAUGAUGAUGAAGACAUGUCAUACGUAGUAAAUAAACAAAAACAAGAUGAAGAGCUGAAGAACAAGCUGAACGACAGCAGCCACUGGGGUGAACAGGACUCCACAGGCAGCAAUGCCAAGUGGUUGAAAGAAGGCCAGAACCAGCUGCGGAAAGAAGCUGAAAACCAGCAGGACCAGGACCACAACUGCAACAUCAGCCAAAAUGGGAACAAGGAGGACCCUCAUCAGACUACCACUCAGGAAGAACAACAACAGGGCAACGAGGAGCAGACCAAGUCUCCCAAAAUAACACUGAGCCCUGGCCUCAGCCAGGAGGAGUCCAAGAACAUCCUGAAUGACCCACUCCUCAUUGACACUCUGGAGUCCACAGAAGAGAAGGAUAAAGAGAGGGAAGAGGAUGGGAAAGAGAAGGAGAAGACAUCAGAUGAAGAUGAAGACACACCAGAUGAAACUGGAGAGGUCACAGAGGGGCAGAGGACAGGGGAGGCUCAGAGGGAGGGCAGCGUUGUGGGGAGAAAUGCCUGCCUCCUGUUUUCCAACAUGAACGGGUCACCAAAUGAGGAAGAGCCCAGCUGGCCCGCUCUGUCUCAGGACAAUGCCACUGACAGCUCUCCAAACGGCAACAGAGAGUCCUUUUGGGAUUCCAGCGCUUUCGAGACCGACACAGACCUGCCUUCAGGAUGGAUGAGGGUGCGGGAUACAUCUGGCACAUACUACUGGCACAUCCCCACAGGCACCACCCAGUGGGAGCCUCCUUCACCCCUGGGUGUGGUGGGCGACUCCAUGAUGUCCUCCACCAUGUCCCUGGAGACGACACCCUGUGAGGAGCAUGAGGAGUCCUGGACUCAGCUUUCCAGCACAGAAGAAGGAGCUGGUGAAGGGGAGCUGUGGAAGGAGGAGGCAGAGGUUGCGUCUGAUCAAAGUCUGAAGGAGUUUGAAGGGGCAACUUUACGCUAUGCAUCCAUCAACCUCAAUUACAACUGCUCCCAGUCCGAGGAAGACGAAAAGUUUGCUCCCCUCUGCACAGACAUAGAAACCAAGUGUUUCGCCGUGCGUUCCCUGGGCUGGGUGGAGAUGUCGGAGGAGGACAUGGCUCCCGGCAAGAGCAGCGUGGCCGUCAACAACUGCAUCAGACAGCUCUCUUAUCACAAACACAACCUGCACGACACUGUUGGUAUCUGGGGAGAGGGUAAGGACAUGCUGAUGGUGCUGGAGAACGACACCAUGAACUUGAUCGACCCUCUGGGCCAAACUCUGCUGCAUGCUCAGCCGAUAGGCAGCAUCCGUGUGUGGGGUGUUGGUCGAGACAACGGCAGGGAUUUUGCUUAUGUGGCUCGAGACAACCUGACCCAGGUGCUGAAGUGUCACGUUUUCCGCUGUGACUCACCUGCAAAGAACAUCGCCACCAGCUUACAUGAGAUGUGUUCAAAGAUAAUGAUGGAGAGAAAGGCAACCAAGCCAGGGGUGAGCAGGCUCAACUCUGACCCGUGUAACCCUGGGCUCCUCUCCGUUGAAGAGUUUCCUGCUCCGAAAAACGAACUCUUCCAGCACUUCCAGGUUUUCUAUCUUGGUUGUGAGACUGUGGCAAAACCAGUCGGUAUGGAUGUAAUCAAUGACACGCUCCAGGCAGCAGUCGAUGGCAAAGAUAGAAGUGAAUGGACUCCUGUCUCUGUGAAUGUUGCUCCAGCCACCCUCACAAUUCUCUCCAAACAGAAUGACGAGGUGCUGUCUGAGUGCAGGGUGCGUUUCCUGUCCUUCAUGGGUGUGGGGAAGGACGUCCACACCUUCGCUUUCAUCAUGGCCGAAGGUCCUCGAGACUUCACCUGCCACAUGUUUUGGUGUGAACCCAACGCUGCCAGUCUGAGCGAGGCUGUGCAGGCUGCCUGCAUGCUCCGCUACCAGAAAUGUUUGGAUGCUCGUCCUCCCAGCCUGGCCUCCUGCCUGCCCACUCCUCCUGCCGACUCGGUGGCUCGCCGGGUCAAGAAGGGGGUGCAGAGUCUGCUGGGCAGCUUCAAGAGCUACAGGUCAGGCUCUCAAUCCCCCUGAGCUGAGAAGAUGAUCCACAGUCCAUUAAACACAAGGUCCAUCACCACAAUCUCACUUCUCCUCCUCCUCCUCCUCCUCUCAUCUUUCUGCCACAGUUUUCGCCUUACGACCGUCUCAUCCGUCUGUUCACUAGUCUAGUGUGUGGAGUAGUUUGUGAGCAAACCGUGUGUCUGAAAAGAUUGAAUCUAUUUUACAGCAGUUAAAUCCCUGAACAGAAGCCCCCUGGCAUAUCUUCUUUUUACGUUGCUGGGAUUUUCCUGAGUCUUAACUAUUUUUGUGUUUUAACAGAAACAAUGAUAUGAAUGUUUGAUUUGGAUGUAAUUUUUCAUGCAGAUGCUCGAAUUUGUUGAAAAAGAGAUUGCUCGAUUUUCUCACAGAAAUAUUCUCCUUCCCUUUUUCUCCAUGGUGCAAUCAUCACCUGUUCCACUCCUCCUUUUUGUACUGUUUUAGAGAAAGUACUGUAACACAGCUGUCAGUAAGUGUCACAUAUCCCAAUAUUGAUUUCCAUAAGCAUCAGUGCACCUAUCUCUACCACUGUAGGUUGUGAUACAAAACGCUGUUAGCGUCUCUGUAGUGUGCCACGUAGUUCAACGUCCCGACACUCCUCAACAAUGUAUUUUAGUCUUCCAAAGAACUGUACGGUCAUCUGUCACAUAGUGAGCGACACUGAUCUGAGUGUAGUGUGUUUCUCAUACAUUCUGCAUGAACAUUUGCAAGUUCAGUGCUAGUGUGCAAUAAUCAGAUGUUCCUGUAUGGUGUGGUGAUUAUCUGUUCACUUUAAUGAGAGCGUCUGGCUGGAUUGAGUGUGAGGCUAACGGAACAACAGAGCCAUGUUGAAAAUUAUUAUCUUCUGAUAGAAACGAUAGUAAUAAAUACAACAAAAACAAAUAAAAUGAACUCUGGGUUUUCACACAGCCGAUUACCACCAACAACUACUGAAUAGUACUGUAGAAACUCGCCACAAGCUGCAUGUUUUGAUAACUCCGAGUUCUCGCUGCUUGCAGCAGCUUAGUGCUUAAGAUCCAUCAAUGUAACCUGUAAAUUCUUACUCUGUGUUACUGUAUGGUAAGAGGAGGCUGGAGUUGAUGUGUUGUUUCGUGUUUCUUAGGCAUGUCACUCUAGUUAGUGUCAGUGUUUAUCAUAAGCUAGCGGUAGAAAGUUAGACUUCCUGUCAGUUUCUUCAAACUGAAAAUAUGAGAGCAGGUACGUGUUUGUAUUUACGGUUUGUGUACCUAGACAUGAUUUCUCCCGUGGUUUACAUUCUUAUGUUUUCCUCGGCCUCAUUUUGACACGUGGGCUCUGCGCGCCCCCCCCCCCCCCCCCCCCCCCCCCUUCCUCCUCCAGUUAAUGUAUUUUUUUAUUGUUUUCACUCUACAAUGUACACUAUGAGAUGAUUUUCACAUUAGUUUGUUAGUUACUUUUUUUUAUAAAGAACACACUAAAUAGACAAGUCGUACUUUAUCUUUGUGUGUCUGUCAGUGAUCAAUACUGUAUGUAGCACAAUAGUAAUAGUCAUCUCUAAUACUAAAGAUGCAGUUUGUGAGACUUUUUGGUAUUUUAAUCUCCGCAGGGCGUCUGAUUGGCCCUGAAGUCUGAGACACUCCAAGUUUAUCCAAACAUCCCCAGACUAAAUGAAAAUACCUGACAUCUUCAAAUAAUCUCUAUCCAUGACAUUAAAACUAAAUAUCAUGAGACAUGAUGUAUAAAGAAGCGUUAGUGAUACAAUGUUGUAUCUCAAAAAGACAAAAUGUUACUGCGAUUUCUUAAUGGCUCAAAUGAUGCUCAUUAUAUCACGCUGAUAUUUAAAAGUAUGUCUUGCUCUUUUUUUUCAACUUAAGUUUUUACUAUUUUCUUAUUCUUAGAUGUUUUGUUUUAUAAAUAACACUAAUCUUUAGUAUUUUUACUAUAAAGCUUCAGAGCUGAUAUCAGAAUGAUCCCUAAAGACAGAUGAUCUUCAUCUUCUAAAAGAUGAGGUGAAUGACUUGAUGACCCACGUUAGGAACGUGUGGAUCAGACAUGAAUCCUGUGUGUGCACAGAGAGAUUUGACGAUGCAGCAGUUCUCCAACUUUAACGUGGAGUCUGUUCUGUCAUCUGGUUUUAUCGAGCAGUCAGUCACCUGUUCCUCAGAGCGAAGCAGAGCUUUGUUGUAACCGGCCUUUCUCAGACUUUUUAAAUCCCGGAUUCCUCAAGAAGUUUGACGCAUUUUAAAAAGUUAGCAAACACAGAAACUCUUACCAACUGCUUCUUAAUAUGUGUAAAGUAUAACACUAAUGAAAGUUAGCCAACAUUGACUCAUAUUACUGCCUUGUCACUUCAUGUGUCACUCGUUGGGACUUUGCUUUCUUUUGUUGUGUCCAGUCGGUGGCAACACUAAAGCCAGAUGAGUUCAAGAAGAUUAGCAGAUUAAUUUAUUUCUGUUUAUGUAAAUUAGGUGUAUAAAAUGUAUGUAUAUAAAAAGUCACUGCACAAUAAAUGUGAACAUAUCAUA